UUGUGAUCAUAUGUUUUACCCACUCUGAGUUCUGCGGCAUUUUAAAACUGUACCACAUAUAUAUCCAAGUAUAAUACUAAUACAAGUAAAAAAAGCGUCAGUAGUUAAAGUCAUGGAAGUUCAAAUCUGUCGCGCUUGCCUGGGAACGUCACCUGUAAUGAUCAACAUAUUCGAAAACGCUCCAGGACUAGGGAUCUCCAUCGCCGAUAUGAUCACUCAAUGCACUCCCUACGAGAUUUAUAAAGGAGAUUGCUAUCCCGAAAACAUCUGCGACUCUUGCCUGCACUGUGCUCGAGCCGCCUUCGAGAUACGCCAAACCAUAGAGACGAGCCACCAGAUCUACCUCCAGAUGAAAAAUACUAAAAAUCUACCAGUCAACGUAAAUCACGGUGUUGGCUUCAGCGAGAGAAAGAAAAAGCAUAAAUGCCUUAAGUCGUCUUCCCAUAAAAGUAUUCUUAAUGCACACGCUGGAGACAAACCGUAUAAAUGUUCUCACUGUUCAAAGUCGUUUUCCCAUAAAGGCUAUUUUAAUGUACAUAUGCGAACUCACACUGCAGAGCGACUGUACAAGUGUUCCCACUGCUCAAAGACGUUUUCCCAGAGAAGUAAUCUCAAUACACACAUCAGGAAUUGUAUUGUAGAAAAAACAUACAAGUGUUCUCACUGCUCAAAGUCGUUUCCAAGGCAAUCUCAUCUGCAGAGACACAUCCGAACCCACACGGGUGAGAGGCCGCAUAAGUGUUCCCACUGUUCAAAGUCGUUUUCCACGCGAAUUCAUCUGCAAAUACACCUCCGAACUCACACUGGAGAGCGACCAUACAAGUGUACCCACUGCUCAAAGUCGUUUACCCAUGAAACUACUCUUAAAGCACACAUCCGAACUCACACCGGAGAGCGACCAUACAAGUGUUCCCACUGCUCAAAGUCAUUUUCCCAGAGAAGUGGUUUGAUUGAACAUAACCGAAAUCACACUGGAGAGCGACCAUUCAAGUGUUCCCACUGCUCAAAGUCGUUUAGCCAUAAAAAUACUCUUAAAGAACACAUCCGAACUCACACCGGAGAGCGACCAUACCAGUGUUCCCACUGCUCAAAGUCAUUUUAUACGACGUAUCAGCUUAAAAUACACAUCCGAAUUCACACCGGAGAGCGACCAUACCAGUGUUCCCACUGCUUAAAGUCGUUUGUACAGAGUGGUCAUCUCAGUAACCACACCAGAUAUUGUAUUGGAGAGAGACCAUUCAAGUGUUCCCACUGCUCAAAAUCAUUUUCCCAAAAAGGUCAUCUUAAAACACACAUCCGAACUCACACUGGAGAGCGACCAUACAAGUGUUCCCACUGCUCAAAGUCAUUUUCCCAUAAAAAUUCUCUUAAUAUUCAUAUCCAAACUCACAUUCAAUAGUUUGACUAUUUUUUUUCUCUGAAAAGGACCAAUCAACGCACCCCAAGCCACACAGAAUACGCAAAUUAUUCAAAUUCUAUUUCUUAUUUUAUUUUAUUCUUUUUUUAUUUUAUUCAUUUUUUUAUUUUAUAAAUAACUGAAUUGUUAACUAACAUUAAUGAUACCUGCACAUAA